AUGUUCACCGGCGGUGCGGACGGCAACGGCCACCUGCGGCGGCCGCGCAGGCCGCGGCGCAGCGGAGUAGGCCACGCCGGCGUCGUGGGGUCUCCACAGGGACAGGUGGCUUCGGGGGCAAAUCCGCACCCAGCCGCCCCGCCGUGCACCGACUACGACGUAGCCUACUUCAAGGCCUACUCACACAUUGGCGUCCACGAGGAGAUGCUCAAGGAUCAUGUGAGAACUAGUACUUACAGAAAUGCCAUAAUGCAUCACAAAGAUCUUAUUUCAGGCAAGGUAGUUUUGGAUGUGGGUUGUGGCACUGGUGUUCUUUCGAUAUUUUGUGCUUUCGCUGGUGCCACUCGUGUUUAUGCAGUUGAUGCAAGUGAUAUUGCAUUGCAGGCUAUGGAGAUUGUAAGAGAGAAUGAGCUGUCUGACAAAGUUGUGGUUUUGCAUGGCCGAAUUGAGGAUGUCAAUAUCGAAGAAAAAGUUGAUGUCAUCAUAUCUGAAUGGAUGGGCUACAUGCUUCUGUAUGAGAGUAUGCUGGGAAGCAUAAUUUUUGCUAGGGAUAAAUGGCUUAAGCCAGGAGGUCUUAUUCUUCCAUCGCAUGCAUCGCUUUACAUGGCAUCUGUCACAAAUUCUCAGAGAUACCAUGAUAGUAUUUACUUCUGGCGAGAUGUAUAUGGCAUAAAAAUGUCCUCUAUGACGCCUCUUGCAAAACAAUGUGCGUUUAUGGAGCCAUCAGUUGAGACAAUUAGUGGAGAGAAUGUCUUGACAUGGCCAACAGUGGUUGCACAGGUGGAUUGUUAUACCAUACAAGCUCAGGAGCUUGAAACCAUCACUGCUGCAUUUAAAUUUACGUCAAUGUUGCAAGCUCCAUUGCAUGGUUUUGCAUUUUGGUUCGAUGUUGAGUUCAAUGGACCAGUACGCCAGAAAUCCAAGAAGCAACCUAGUCAAUCAUCGGAUGGGAACGCCCAAAAUGCCAGCCCAAGCAGUAAGAAGAAAAAACCAGAUGUCUCUAUUGUUCUUUCAACUGCACCAGAGGAUGCCCCUACUCACUGGCAGCAGACCCUACUGUACUUGUUUGAACCUAUUGAACUAAACAAAGAUCAGAUCAUAGAAGGUUCUGUUACCGUCUCCCAGAGCCAGCAACAUGCUCGCUUCCUUAACAUCUGCCUGAAAUACUUCUUGAAUAACGCUGGAUUUCAACCGUCCUUGCAGUACUGGCGACCAAUGUUUGUUUCAAUUUGGCCAUCGUACUUGGAUUAUAUUGAAGAUAAUGACAGCCUUGUUCUGUUGCAUGAUCAGAUUCAUGACUGUGACAUUAUUUUGUCACAAAUAGGAUCAAUUCUUAGUGGAUUCCAGGUCCAUAUAGGUUUGAUAAGCUCGAAAAUUAGAAGCCUUCAGGAGAAAUCCUGGGAUAUAAGCUUGAAACUGAAGAACCGCAAGUUGGUUGAGACAAAGCUUGCUGGGUUUGUUGAAGAGAUAGUUGCUCCUCCUGGUUUGGUAAAUAUUCUUAUUAAUGGAGAGGUAAAUGAUGGUUAUGCCAGAAGUCUGGAGAUCCUUAGCACAAAGUUGAAAUUUGUUCAAGAUGAUCCGUUGAUUAAUGCAUCACAAGCUCUGAAUGAUAUUAAGCAAGAAUUGGAAGGAAAGGCUUCGACAAAAGGCACUAUCAAGAUUUCUAGACAUAUUAUGGAGAUUUUCUUUGCUAUGAGAAAACCUGGGACUAAUAUACAGAUAUUGCAACAAAAUUUGCUUCAGAAGCAUAGGUAUCUCGUUCUGUUUCUUAAAGAGCAUGGUUCCGAGACGUAUGGUGAUUUGUGUGCAUCAUAUGUUGAUACAAUGAAUAAGGGUUUCCAAGAGUGUGUGGAGGUGUUGAGUACAUACUUUCAUGUGUAUGUAGAAGCAUUGGAGAGGUUGAAGCUAGAUAUUGGUGUACUCAAUGAUUUUAGUGGACAUGAUACCAGUAUCAUUGAUAUUAUAAUAAGAGGAAGAGAGCAUCUGAGAAAUCAUGGUUUCAUGUUUUCAUCAGGUGAGCGAUGCAAAUAUUCUGAAGGAGAUUCAUCAACCUGGCUUGGUUCCGCAUAUAUCUCAAGUCAACUCUCGUAUCUUUUCAUAGAAUCAUUCUUUGGAGAAGAGGCACUGUUUUAUCAAGUUUUCGAAGGGACACUCUUUAUUUUGUUAGGGAAAAGAUUUGAUGUCACUCUGCCAACAUCUAAUAUGCCUCAUAUACCUUUCAAAAGAAUAGAUUGGACAACUACAACCAUUCUCGCAGCUGUAGAUUGA